CCUCACCACCACUACGCAUUUUGUCGAACACAUACUGCACAAAACUUGUUGCUGUCGAUCGACAUGGAUUUGGACGAUCUCGACGAUGGCCCGAAGCAGGCCUCGACCCGGGCUUCUCGCUUCGCGCCUAAGGGCGCGAAAUUCCAACCCAAACCCAAGCCGAAAGCGGAACCUCCAUCGUCAUCGGCAUCUUUGUCACUGCCGCCGCCCAAGAAGGAAGAAGUCGACGUCAAGCCCGAUAUCAAGCCCUAUAUAAAGCUUGAACACGACGAUAACGGUGCAGCAAAAAUGGAGGUGGAUGAUGAACCAGAGGAUACUGAAUUCAGAGAUGGAGAUGAAGAUGAAGUUGUUCGAGAAAUCGAUGUCUAUUUUUCUCCUUCGAUUGAUAUCGAGACACAGUUAUAUCUGCUUCAAUAUCCACUUAGACAGCCAUGGAGACCUUAUGAAUUGGAUUUGGAUGGUAGAUGCCAAGAGGUGAGAGUGAAGCAAGCAAGUAGAGAAGUGGAAAUUGAUUUAGCCAUUGAUGUUGACUCCGCGAAUUAUGAUAAUGAUGCUGAUCCCCAAAUCCAGUUGAAGAAACAGACUAUUGCAACAUCAUGGAUUCCACACCGAACUCAAACAACUGGAUACACAAUUGCUGAUCUUACUGGAAAUAAGUUACACUUGAAUCGUAUUCAUGCAGCUGUACAACUUCGUCCAUCGAUGCAUCAUAUUGGUGUGGCGGAAUCUAAGAAGAAGACUGCCGUGUCCAAGAAUGUUGAGGAUGUGGUGAAGUUAGAAAAACAGCAGGAAGCAAAACCUUCUGGGAUGUCAAGGAAACCGAAAGCUCUGGAGCAGACCAAUGGCAGUGUAGAACAGAGCUGGAUUCGGCUCAAGUACCACAACACGAUGAGUGACAUAACAGCAGGAUAUCUUCGGAAAAUGAUGGAACGACAAGGCUCCGAGAUUUCAUUAUCCAUGAGUUUGGAUAAUUAUCUGAAUAGCUUGUGCCCUGGCAUUUCUGGUGGUGGUUUGAGUUCCAAAGUUCCUCAAAGAAGGUCCUUGCUGGCUAAACCACUGAAAGAACGGUUUCAAACUUGGCUUCUUGAGAACCCUCAUCAGCUUCAUAGAUUCGACACUCUGAGGUACCUAGCUCCCGAUGAGCCGAUCGAAGAAGUGUUAGCAGUCUUGCAGGAAGUUGCUUUAUUAGUUCAAGGACUUUGGAUCAUUAGAACCUCGUUGUGUACAGAGAUGGGUAACGGUGAAGUUAGGACUAUAGCUCUUGGUCUAUUUAGCAAGGACGUGAUCGUAAGGGAUGAUCAAAUACCAAGCAAACCAGCUGAUCUGAAGAAUGCAGUGAAAAAAUUCCUGCCUAACUUGGCCAGAGAGAGACCUAUCUUUAAUGACUGGAAACUUAAAGAGCUUCCAGAUUCUAAGUUCAUGGAACUAUAUCCUGCCAUUGUAAAGAAAAACCAAGAACAGUGGAAACCCAUGGAGAAACUUUAUCCUCAAGAUAAGAAGAGGCAUGUUGUCAAGACCCCAAAAUCUGGCAGUUAGUUAGUUGUUGAGAGUUAGUAUAUCAUUUUUUUGUAUUGGCUACAUUGCUGAACUAAUUACGUGCACGUUUUUAUGGACAAAUAAAUUAAAUUUACUUGGCCAA